CGAAAGGAGGACACAAGACAAGCAAGAAGCAAGCAACAAGCAAGCACACGGCAACAUGGAUGCAUGUGGUGGGAACGCAGCGCUCAAGGCUGCAGAGACACUGCGACGUGCACACCGGCCAAGCCAGGAGCACUCUGCGACUGCCCACGCCGCGUUUGCGCAGCAAGCGGCCCAGCUCGCGUUCCAGGAGGCGCAGCUCCAACAGCAACAUCAGCGCCUACAGCGCCAGCAACACCAUGCACAUCGACAGCGGCAAUACGCAUCACAGGCGCGACAACAGCACAGCAGCUCCGCGAAUAGCAGCAGCGCUCGCAGCGGUCAAACACGUGCACCGCAACGCCCUUGGUCAACAAGCACACAUCAGCCACAAGAUACAUCCAUAGCCACAGAUCAACGGUACUGGGGAACAGGAUCAGUCCGAACACAGCCCGAGCAUGCCCCAGCCUCUUUCAUGUCUCCGAUGCACCGCCAUCAUCACCUUUACCGCACUCGCGAUUUCAUGGCCCGACACAUGGGUCGAAGCGACCACCAUCAUGAUCACUCUUCCCCAUCUUCCUCAUCCACUCAGGUGCUGGACCAUCCCCACGCGUGGGCAGAAUCGAUGCUCGCACCAGACACGACAGAUGCGCAGGAAACCACGCGCACCGCUGAAAACGAUGAUGAGGCGCUGCGCUCGGCUGCCCGCGACAUUCACGCGCGGGCGUCUGUUGAUUCUGAUUUGCAGCAGUCGCAAUUCAUGGCGCUGAUGGAGCAGCUCGCUGCCGGUGACGUCUCCGUUGUCGAUGGAGAGCUCCAACGCAAUACCGCAGCGACGGCACCUAAACAACAAACACAACAACAACAACAGCAGCAAACACCACAACAACAGCACCAACAACCACAACAACAGCAGCAGCAGCAGGCGCGAUACCCGCACCAGGUUGACGUUGACGUGGAUGCGCAGGCCGUGGACGCAAUGAUGGAGGAGUUCCGGCGAGCUUUCCAGUCACCCGACCCAACAGCUACAGCAACACCCAACACAGGCGCCACCGCCACCACCACCGCCACCACCACCACCACCACCACCACUGCCACGACGUCUACCACUGCUGCGAGCUCAACAGCACCAGCAGCAGCAAGGGAUGCACCGGCAUAUGCGUUUCAGGCCACACUUCAGGCCGAGGACCACCAGAGAACAGCAGACGAUUUCGUGCAAAUGGGACAACACGAGCUCGCAGCAGGACGACUGGUCGCGGCCAUCCUCAACUUUGAGCGCGCAUGCCAGCUGGAUGCAUCGCAUGUGGAGGCCUGGCAGCUCCUCGGUACCAGCCGUGCCGAGAAUGAGCAAGACGAGAUGGCCAUUGCGGCGCUGCGCACAUGUCUGCAACUCGACCCAACACGCCGUCCAGCCCUCCUCGCAAUCGCCACAAGCUAUGCAAACGAGAUGCAACUUGAGGCUGCGUACGAUGCCCUCGAGAGCGUUGUGCGUGGCGACUCGCGGUUUACCGGCAUGACUGUCCAAGAACACCACGUCCCGCACGAUGACAGCACCACUCUUGGACGACAGAGACAAAGCUCUGUGAGCUCGCUUGGUUCUGAUUCGUCCGUGAGCGCAAUGCUGGAGCAGAGACACGACGCUGUUGUUGACCUCUAUCUCAGCGCAAUCGAGGCGUGCGGCGAUGUUGUGGAUGCAGACCUUCAGAUCGGCCUGGGCAUACUCCAGCACAUGAAGGGAAACUUUUCGCGUGCCAUCGACUGCUUCGAACUCGCCCUCUCUGUCAGGCCUGAUGACUUUCAGCUGUGGAACAAGUUGGGCGCGUGCCUGGCAAACGGAAACCGCAGCGCCGAGGCCGUGGAUGUGUACAGACGCGCACUCGAACUCAGGCCAGGGUUUAUCCGAGCCAUGUACAACAUGGGCGUGAGCUGCAUCAACUUGAAGGCGUAUGAGCAAGCAGCUGAAUAUUUCCUUACCGCGCUCGAUCAUCAGAGCUCCGAUGCCAACGGCAAUACGAGCACCACCAUGUCAGACACCAUCUGGCAAUCGCUACGCAUGACACUGAUGAUGAUGGAGAAAUACGAGCUCGCCCUCCUCACUGAACACCGCAGCGUCGCCAUGUUCAAGUCCUUCUUUAAGUUCUAGCCGCUUCGUGCCAUCGACUGUCCGUCCCACUACACCAUGCUUGGUUCGCCUUUCUGGUCGCCCUCCGCUAUGCGAGCUCGGCUUAGCCGCCUGCUACCUUUCAACCCCCGCCCUGGACGACGUGCACUGGUGUGCCAUGGAGCCUGCCUUGCAGCCGAUACGCGAGCACUGACUGGCGUCUACCGGUUGUUUUGGUGGAUGUUUGUAUUGAAUGAUAGUUUGGCUCGCAAUGGCUCGGUUCUCACUCCACCGCCAAGAUAAACAAACAACUCAGGA